UCCAAAUAAAAUUGGAUCAUUCAAAUUUACAACCUAAUUCCUCUCUUUUUCCACUUUCGCUUGUAUUUUUUGUUGGCGUUUUGUAGUUAAUGGAAAUGGAAACGGACGAGGAUACUUCAUUUGUAGUUAACCGUUUUACUUCCUGAUCCUUCCAUCCCCUAAUCGAUGCCUCCACCGCUUCCUUCCUCUUCCACCUUCUCUCUCCAAUCGCUGUGAAUGUCGGCAACCACCAGAUGAAUGUCACCUUCCCCUUCCAAAUACGCCGAUGUUCGCUGGCCGGUGGUGCCCAACAAAAACCCUAAUUGUUCAUCGGCUUGAUGUUCGGAUUUGAACCAAUAGGAAACCCUAAAUUUACUGCUAGCUGAUAUGGCUAAAGGAAUCACUAUCUUUUUUCUCCGGGGACUCGAAUACGAAACUGGCAAAAGGUCCAUGGCAACGAUGCUGUCAUUGGUUGAUUUUUAUGCGACCUGAUCGGUUCUUUCCUUUUAAACAAAGAAAACUCCAUGUUUCUUGCUAUUUUGUUCAAUCGCAGCUUACACUACCUCUUCCUAUUGAAUCAAGUUUCAUAAAUUCGUGAAGCCAGCUAUUCUUCGGUUUCAAUAUUUGAAUCUACUUGGAGUACCACGCCCUAAUUGACCAACACAAGGGAUAUCGACAGAUGAUGGACGUUGGUGCUACAGAAAAAAGACAAGAAGUUUUUAUAAUUUGGAAGCCAAAGAUGAUAAUCUUCCCGUUUUCAGGUCUUGGUGCUACUCUUAACGUUGCAAAACCUAAAAAAGGCUCAUUUGUUGCCAUUUUUGGAUUUGGAGCUGCUGCUGAAGGUGCUAGAAUUGAAGGUGCUUCAAGGAUGGUUGGUGUUGAUCUCAAUGCCUACAGAUUUAAGCUUGCAAAGAAAUUUGAGGAUACAGAGUUUGUGACAGGAGUUGACAGGACUAUACAAGUUACAGAGCUUUUGGUUGAAGAAGGUGGUCAGAUUAAUGUUGUUGAUAUGUAUGGAUAUCAGGUGGCUUUAUUCAAGUUAUGAAGAAUGGGAUUUCGACUCGAAAUGUUUUUAAUAUCAGGCAAAAGCGUUAAAUGCAAAAAAUAACAACGUACACUAAUUUAUUUGUUUACUUUCAUUUCUUACGUUAGGACAUUAUACGCUAUUCAAUCUAUCCAGUUGCUUAGUAUUUGAAUGACAUUAUAGCAUCCUACUUUUGUGACCUGCCAAACAUCAACAAAAAAACCGACCCGUGCAACGCACGGGCCUCAUUUCUAGUUAUUAUUAUUUUGUUUUGUCUGAAGGUUAGAGGAACAGGACAGUAGUGGUGAAAUUUUGGUACAUCAACCAAUUUGAACAUAUUUUUGACAACUAAAAAUAUA